AUGUUAACUAUUCUAAUUUUUGUAUUAUUGUUUAAUCACAAUACAAUAUUAACCCAAACUGUGUUAAAAACCAAUUUAAAAGUGCACAUAAAUACAAAUUAUCAACCAUCUCAGCCAAGAAUGUUUAUAUCUAUUGUUGCAAUUUAUCCUCAUCGACAAUUUGUUCCAUGGAAAUUAUGUGCUAUUAUAUGCAAUAAACACAUUUCUUGUCGAACAGCUGUCGUAAAUUUAAGUAAUCAAUUGUGUACAUUGUAUCGAGAAAACUGGUAUGUUGGAACAUUGAUUCCACAGCAAUUGAAUUAUACCGUUUUAGCUCUUAAUUAUUGUCAAUAUCCGAAUACGGAGCCUGCUUAUAUAUGCGGAGUCAAUAUACAAAUGCCAUUCAAUCAAUAUACAAAUACAUUGCAGUUGAUCCAAGAAGUUUCAAGUCAAAUUUGUGUUGGCAUUAGCAUAUUCAAUGAGAUAGCAUAUUAUCAAGCACCGUCAUACGUAUAUGCCACUCAAUUACAAGGACAAAAAGUCUCAACUCCUAUUUGGAUAAAAUCAUUGUCAGCCUAUUCAAAUCUAAUUAAUCUUCGUACAGAUGCGUUUGGCUAUCCAUAUAGUGUUACCAGUCAAAGUACAUCACGAAUAAUAGAAUUAGAUAUAUUGUCAUCUGGCAAUAUUUUAAUGACAUAUGUAGUUUCACAGCUCCUUGCUACACCAAUUGAUGAUGUAGCAAUUUAUAAUGGAUCAUUAUGGGUGAAUAGUUAUACAAAUGGAUAUGUGUCAGUGAUUAAUCAGAUGACAUCAAACACGUCAUACGUUUAUAAUUUACCCGGUUUAUCAUCCGGUAAACGAACAUUAACGUAUUUUGAUGAUCACUUUUGGACAACUGCUCAAGGUACCAUAUACAAAUGGUAUGCAAAUAAUAAUACCGUUAGUAUAUGGAAUACGACAUUACCAUCUUCAGUAAUGUGCACUAAUAUUGUGCAAGACUAUGCUGGUCGACGGUAUGUAUGUAAUUCAAAUCAAAUGCCAAGUUUGUAUAUUCUUGAUCAAUACGGUGAAAUAUUAGGCACAUAUAACAAAUCAUUAUGUACAUUAUUGUUCGAUAUUUAUUAUACCAAAUAUAAUUCUUAUUAUAUAACAUCGGUAGUAAAUUUAUCAAAUUAUGUAUCAUUUUAUGGUGCACCAUUAUAG